CGACCGAGGGAGGCUUGACCACAGCACCCGUAACCUUGUCUGAUGUGAUCAUUAACCUUUCUGGAAAACGCAGCUGGCAGUUGUCGGAGGCUCGUCAGUAGAAUGUGAGGAGAGCCGCACGGAUACGGCGCCGACUCUUCCAAGACUGGUUUGCAUUGAGAGCCGUUGCUCUACUUGAGGGUGACAGAAACAUGAGAUUGCAACAGUUCCUUCUUGCGUUUCUGCUUUUCGCGAUGAGUCUUCUUCUUAUCAACGGACAGAGACCAGCUAAUUUGGCAAUGAGAAGAAAAUCACACAGACACAGCUGCCUUCAGAGGAGAUGUAUGCCUCUCCAUUCACGGGUGCCCUUCCCCUGAGACCUUCUCUAGAUAACCUUAUACCUGGUCUGCCGGAAGAGGAGUGAAGGAAAGAUACCCACCCACACCAUAGCGUGAUUGCUUAGAAGUUCCUGUACAAAAAGGAAUCAUUUGAAAGCACCUGGGAUGGUUUAUUAGUUUUACAGGAUUCUCUUCUUCCUGGUUUCUUUUUAGAGGGGAAAAUAACAAAUUCAAAAGCAAUUCCAGUCUGAAGCACAAUUAUUUGCUUGCAUAACAAAAAUCUCUCAUCUUUCUCUGCACAUUACUAUUCUUAGAGAAGUUAAAAAGAAGAAUACUUUUUAAUGUCUUAGAACUCUCUAAUAAUAAUACAAGAAUUAAAAUUUUUCUCUCAUAGUUCUAUAAUUCUCCAAAAAUAUUAAAAUAAGUAUAUGUUUGAGUGAUAUUUUUUUCCCCCAAAAAAUGCUAAAUCUCUAAUCAAAUGCUUUGACCAUUUGACUUUACAGACUAGGGAUACAUUAAUUGGUUCAUUUAUUAUUUAUAUGGAGAGACUAAGAAAGAAGCUAUUACUUGCUACCAAUGUUAUAUUAUAGGCUUUAAUGUUUAUGAAGGUAUUUUUUUAUUUUGAAUAAUAUCCAUAAAGUCAUAAAAGAAAGUUUGAAAUACUAACUAAAAUGUUCAUUUCUGAAUCUCUCUCAUCAUGUAAUUAUAAGAAGCCAUUGUUUUUUUGCCAAUGUUUUAUUUCCUUCUCAAUUUGUUAAAUACACUCUUAAUUUGUAUUUAUUAAAAGACAGUUCGCUCAGUGCCAUAAAGAUUUUAUUUCACUGUAAGUUAAUUCCAUGUAUGAAAUUUACAAAUUCUUUUCUUGGUUAGAAAUUUUGCCUUGUAAACCUUACAGAGUGGAAGAAACCAUAAACUAUUAACCCUUCUUUUGGUAAAAUAAAAGGUUGGGAUUGGUAUACUAUAAAGAAUUUGAGAGAGAAAUUCUGAAAUCACAGAGUUUGUCUCCCUUUUAUAGUUCAUUCAUGGUGUCUUUUGGGAUGGAAGGUGUUUCUAUAAAGCACUGUAGUUAACUUUAAACACAAAGGAUGUUUUAUGAAAUGUGCUACCUCAUUUAAAUUGGGUACUUUGGGGAAAUUCUAAAUAAUUUUCUGGAUAAAUUGUAAUUCCUUUACACAAGUGCAUUUCAGUAGAAACAGAAGCUAUUAUCAGUUAUAUUUAUGUUUACAACAUAUACUUGUUUAUAUAUCUUUUACCAAAAAAAGAAAAACAAUACUUUAUAUAGUUCAGGUACAUCUCAUUGAAUACAAACCAACACUUACUCAAGUACCGACUCACAUUCACAAAGUUAAAAACCAGCCAUACUAUUGUAAGGUAAUUAAAUGGUUGAUUUCUGCUCAUACAACUGCAAUAAGUUUUCAAUAAACAUUCGAGUGUCUAGUUGUCCUUAUUUUGUAUAAGAAGUGUUCAGAGUAUUGAGCACAGCAUGGUAGAAAUGCUUCUGAGACUUGUCUUUUCUUCUUUCCUUUUUUUUUUUUGUUUUUUGUUUUUAAUUGAGGCAUUUAAGACUAUACAUCCUUGAUACAUACCCCACCACUGCAGAUUUUUUACUUAAUUCAGGAUUAUCAGAGUAAGGGCAAAGAUUCUCUCAAAAUCUGUAAAAACUCAACAGCCAGUCACAUGUGUGCUGAAAGUGGCAUACCAGAACAAAUCCAUGACAGUGGAGCCAAAUGUAUUCACUGAUGAGGCGGAGGGGGAGACCAGAGGAGUGUCAGAUAUGUGUGCUUUAAAUUUAACUAUCCCUAUGAAUUGGUAUUUUAUU